GCGAGCGCAGCCUUUUGCCCGCCGCCCUUCCCCGCCGCCGCCGCCCCCGGGGCAUGGCCUGUCUGACGGCCGCUUUCUCGGUCGGCACCGCCAUGAAUGGCACCAGUUACUCUGCAGCAAUGACAGAGCCCAAGUCAGUGUGCGUCUCUGUGGACGAGGUGGUCUCCAGCAACAGGGAGGUCACGGAGACGGAGCUGCUGAAUGGACAUCUGAAGAAAGAGGACAACAAUCUCACAGAGGCCCAGCGCCUCUCCUCCCUGCCGCGGAGGGCGGCUGUGAACAUCGAAUUCAAGGACCUUUCCUACUCGGUCCCAGAAGGCCCCUGGUGGAGGAAGAAAGGAUACAAGACUCUUCUGAAAGGAAUUUCUGGGAAGUUCAACAGUGGAGAGCUGGUGGCCAUCAUGGGUCCUUCCGGGGCUGGGAAGUCCACGUUCAUGAACAUCCUGGCCGGAUACAGGGAGACUGGCAUGAAGGGCGAGGUCCUCAUCAACGGCCUCCCGCGGGACCUACGCUGCUUCCGGAAGGUGUCCUGUUACAUCAUGCAGGACGACAUGCUGCUGCCACACCUGACCGUGCAGGAGGCCAUGAUGGUGUCUGCACAUCUGAAACUCCAGGAGAAGGACAAAGGCAGAAGGGAGAUGGUCAAGGAGAUUCUGACGGCCCUGGGCCUGCUGUCUUGCACCAACACGCGGACCGGCAGCCUCUCGGGCGGCCAGAGGAAGCGCCUGGCCAUCGCGCUGGAGCUGGUGAACAACCCUCCGGUCAUGUUCUUCGAUGAGCCCACCAGCGGCCUGGACAGCGCCUCCUGCUUCCAGGUGGUCUCCUUGAUGAAGGGGCUGGCUCAGGGGGGGCGGUCCAUCAUCUGCACCAUCCACCAGCCCAGCGCCAAGCUCUUCGAGCUGUUUGACCAGCUUUAUGUCCUCAGUCAAGGACAGUGUGUGUACCGGGGAAAAGUCUCAAAUCUUGUACCGUAUUUGAGAGAUUUAGGUCUGAAUUGCCCAACCUACCACAACCCGGCCGAUUUUGUCAUGGAAGUCGCGUCUGGUGAAUAUGGCGAUCAGAACGGUCGCCUGGUGAGAGCCGUCCGGGAGGGCAUGUGUGACUCUGACUACAGGAGAGAGCCCGGAGGUGAUGGCGAGGUGAACCCUUUUCUUUGGCACCGGCCCUCUGAAGAGGUAAAGCAGGCAAAACGAUUGAAGGGGUGGAGAAAGGACUCCACUUCCAUGGAAGGCUGUCACAGCUUCUCUGCCAGCUGCCUCACCCAGUUCUGCAUUCUCUUCAAAAGGACUUUCCUCAGCAUCAUGAGGGAUUCGGUCCUGACGCACCUGCGGAUCACUUCCCACAUUGGCAUCGGCCUCCUCAUUGGGCUGCUCUACUUGGGGAUCGGGAACGAGGCCAAGAAGGUCCUGAGCAACUCCGGCUUCCUUUUCUUCUCCAUGCUCUUCCUCAUGUUCGCAGCCCUCAUGCCCACCGUCCUCACGUUUCCCCUGGAGAUGGGAGUGUUUCUUCGAGAACACCUGAAUUACUGGUACAGCCUGAAGGCCUACUACCUGGCCAAGACCAUGGCCGACGUGCCCUUCCAGAUCAUGUUCCCCGUGGCCUACUGCAGCAUCGUGUACUGGAUGACGUCCCAGCCGUCCGACGCCGUGCGCUUCGUCCUCUUCGCGGCACUGGGCACCAUGACCUCGCUGGUGGCGCAGUCUCUGGGCCUGCUGAUCGGAGCCGCCUCCACAUCCCUGCAGGUGGCAACCUUCGUGGGCCCUGUCACAGCCAUCCCCGUCCUCCUCUUCUCAGGAUUCUUCGUCAGCUUCGACACAAUCCCCACCUACCUGCAGUGGAUGUCCUACAUUUCCUACGUCAGGUAUGGGUUUGAAGGGGUCAUCCUCUCCAUCUAUGGCCUCGACCGGGAAGACCUACACUGUGACAUCGAUGAUACGUGCCACUUCCAGAAGUCGGAGGCCAUUCUCAGAGAGCUGGACGUGGAGAACGCCAAGCUCUACCUGGACUUCAUCGUCCUGGGCAUUUUCUUCAUCUCCCUGCGUCUCAUUGCCUACUUUGUGCUGAGAUACAAAAUCCGGGCAGAGAGGUAAAGCACUGGAAAGCCAGAGAGAGGAAAAUUGGACACAGUGGCCAAGGGCCACUUGCGGAACCUGUGGCAAGCCCGGGCCCGAGGACACAGACACUCCUGGGACCCAACCCCUGGGACCACGUUUGGUUGUUGGGCGUCCAGUGCUGGACAUCGCCGCCCCGCUGGGUUGGGCCUUCUCUCCAUUACCCUUUCUAGCUGUAACUAAGAAGAAGAUGUAGAAAGGUUUUUUUUUCCAUGUGCAGGAUUUUAAAAUACCACCCCUCAGGCAGAAUUUAAAACUGCAACAAAGCUGGUGACGAGAGGGUUCCUCGGCAAAAUUCUUCCUUCUGACCAGGGAGCUCUGGUCCUGGACGGGGGAUUCAGGCAGCUUCCUGGGGAUCCCUGUGCAGUCAGACGUCCAGGGGCAGAAAGGCGAAGCCAGGAGCCGAUUCCAUUCUGUGACUGGUGUUUUCGUAGUUUCACCUUUCUACGGUUUGUCUCUUUUUCCGAUGAGGUCAUUUUCCAAGCCAAAAGUCGAUAAAUUUCAUUCAUUUCCAGAAACUGUACCUUUUUAGUACUUGGUGAAGAAAAUUAUUCAGGGUAAAUAUACUUUGUUUAGAGAUGAGAGGGGUUUGACUUGAUCGCUGAGCUGGUCUCAUUUACAGACAGAACUUGGGAAAGACGCAGAUGCCGGCUCCAGGUUGAAGGAUGACCUUGGAACCGUAUGCACUAAGCCGUGUGGAAAUCUUUUAAAGUUACACAGAAAGUUGUAAGGUGAAAUUGGCCAUCUCUUUCAAAGUCUUUUAUUUAUCCCGUGCUUCUUACUUUAAGCAAAAUAUAUUGGUUUUAUUUCUUCGUAACUUUCCAAGCACCUUAAUUUUGCCUAAAAAAAAAUUCUGGAAAAUCAAUCCUGUUGAUUUUUUACAAACAUUUCUCUUCCCUGACAUAUCACAUCAACUACCUCCACUGAACCUGGGGAAGCUGGGCUUAGAGAAACUCCAGGUGUGAACGUUGUGGUAUCUGCAGGUGUAGCCCACAAAAGAUGCGCCAACCGCACAAGAGGAAAGAUGCUGAGAUUUCCUGAGAAUCCAAGGCCUUUGCCAGAAACUGGCGAAGACUUAGCGUGGCCGAGGCAUCUGGAACUCCAUCAAAUCAUGCACUGAGAGCCGUGGGAGAUUCCGUCUCCCACAUCUGGUUUCCAUGGCAUCUCAGCGGCACCUUCACCUUCUCAGCGCCGGGCUAGCAUAGUCUUUCCAGACCAGAAACUCCUUUCCAGUGAUGCAGUCACAUAAGUAAAAUCCCUCUAGCACAGGAGCAGUGGGCACAUCUGCAGGGUAAACGGCCUUUGAAUUCAUGGCGGGCGCCCGUGUGCUUGUUGGCGGCAGUAUGACCCCAGGGUGGAAGGGGACUCUGGCCAAAGAAGGUCCUCGGAAGGAAAACGGAAUCGCUUUCCCCUUCUAGAAUGCCGUGAACCUGGAAUCAGGGUCUCCUAAUGAAAGACUGUAUUUUUCGUGGACAGAUUCAUUCAUCUCCCUGAGCCUCAGUUUCCCCACCUGUGAAGAACAGCACGAGAUCGUCGUCAAGGUCAUGUUCAGCUCUGAAAGGUUCUGAGAUUCCUAGGUUGUGUUCCAGAACUUUUAUUUCCUAUUUAAGAGA